CCCAGCCGAGCCGGGCCAUGAGCGGCCCCGCGGACGAUGAGAAGCUGCGGCUGCAGCAGCUCCGCGCCCUGCGGCGCCGGUGGCUGCGGGACCAGGAGCUGAGCGAGCGGGAGCCCGUCCUGCCCCCGCGCAAGCUCGGCCCUGUGGCCGCCUUCUGGGAGGGUUUCCUGCGGCCCGGGGGGCUGUGGCGGCAGCAGGUGUACAAGGCCUACCAGACCAGCGGCUUCAUCCUGGUGCGGGUGCUGAUCCCCGCCUGGAUCGUCACCUACUACGUGAAGUACCACCUCAUGAAAACGCCCCACGGAGUGAUCAUGGCAAAUCCACGGAUAUUCCCAGGGGACAAGAUUUUAGAGACUGGAGAAGUCAUGCCACCCCUGAAAGAAGAUCCCCACGAGCACCACUGAUGACUGGGAGCUGAUUUCCUCCUUCAGCAAACACAGCAGGAGCUGCACCUGCUUUCUCUGUUCUAUAAAAGUCUUUAUUCUGCA